AUGACUAUGGAAGUUAAGAAAAGCCCAGGGUCACCACGAGUGCGUUUUUCAAAAACACAUAGUGUCAUACAAUACGACAGAAUGUCUCCACCUAGCGGUCGAAUGAAACCAGCGAUAACCCGAUCGGUGACCGCUAUGGCGGUCAUGCAAUCAACGCCCACCCGACCCGCCAUGAGACCUAUCCAGCCAACGGAGAUGACCCUAAGUCUGGACGAUAUUUACCGAGUAGCCGAGCGCGAGAGACUAACGUAUACGGCAAAAAGUCGACACCAGAGCGUGGUUGCCGCACACCAAAGUGUCCGCACCAAACUGGAAGGACUAAAUCGAAGUCGCCCAAACACCAGUGCCAGUCGGUAUAUACACGCUGUCCGCCGGGAAACAAUGACUCCAAAGAGUAUCCGAAGUGAACCGGCGCCUUCUCGAGUAUCCUCUCGACAGGAGGGAGAUUAUCAUAUUGAAGAACUAGAGAAACACUAUACCAUAAAUCCUGCGUCUCCCUCUCCAAUCUGCUGUGAGAUCAUGGGACCACGAACUUGUCGAGAAUGUAGUCGAUACCAUAUUCGAACUAUGGACCGCGCAAGAACAGACGCACAAUUCAGAACCUUAAGAAUUUCAAAUGAAAAUAUAGCAGUAGCAUCGAUUUUAAAAAGAUAUUUACCUGAACUGUCUUAUGAAGAAAUCCAAGACAAAGUUGCAAGGGGCGAAAUUGCAAGGCAUCGAGUUCCGAAUAGUUCUAUAGAUUCUGACGAUGAGUUUGAAAAGGACCGCGACAGAAAGCGACAACAGCCUUUUAUAGACGCUCGUUUAAAACGGCAAGCAACGAACUAUGAAAAGUGCCGGAAAUUAUCUCAAAUGUUUUUUGUAAACGUGAGAGAUCUAAAUUUUAAAAUAAACAGCGGGAAAGUGUCAAAGUCGCUGGGAUUUACAGAAAAUAAGUCUGAUGCAGCAAAAGCACGGGCUGUCCUUCAAAAAUGGCGAGUAGCUGACCCUGUGACGCCGUCUUUUGUCAGUCCGAAGAAGAUCGUGAUGAUGAAAGAACCGGAGUAUAAAACCUAUUUCGCGCCACCAUUGCUUCCGAAAGAAUCUCAAAACCCAGAACCGUCUUUCUUUGCAGGUUCCAGUGAUGGCUACAAACUUCCAGAUAAACUUCCCGACGAAAUUGUUUUUGUUGACAUUAAGUCCAAACCUACGUCAAGUGCUGCGUCAGUAGUUUCAGAUGCUUCUGACGACAUCGACCUUCUCGACUAUGAAAAAAGUUCGCGUGAUUCUUGCACGGACACAAAGGAAGAAACAGUUCCUGAAAAAGACAAAGAGGAAGUUAAUUCUGAGCAUUCUGAUGAGGAAACGUGA